UCUAUAAAUAGCCACAUAUUCUCGCCGACCUCCGCUGAACAUCAAACGUGUUAUGUAAAGUAUCGGAAUCGCUUGGAAGAAGAAGGGGUGCACAAUUCGUCUCCAGCACAGCUGUCCUCCUAGCACCGUGCCAGGGGACACGUUCCAAAAUCGGUCUACAGGCAGUGGGCCAGGAGCGGUCGGUGGGUAAAGUUUUGGGUGCAGUGAGAGGAGCAGCAGUAGCUGCAAAGUGCAGGCUGCAUGUCACACAAUUUCUUAAGACUACCCGAUCAAAAAGGCAUGUUCACUCCCGUCAGGAUUGAGGGAGCUGCCGAGGAUGAGGACGAGGACAAUGAGGAGGACAUCCGACUCAUACCCAGGUGCUCGCCCGUUCCCAGGAAACGCGGCCCUUCCAUUGCCGAUGAGACCGCGGAGUACAUGCGAAUUCGCGAGAGGUUUAAACGGAGAGUGUCAUUUGCGGAUUCAUCAGGCGGAGAACUUGUGGAUGUAAGAUUGUUCAACGCCUAUGAUUCAGAUGAUGAAGAAUCGGCCGCAAGAUGGGAAGCCGAGGAAGCUCGUUACCGCGCCAACAUACGCGAGCCGAUCUACAACCCCAUCCCAGACUUCCCGGAGCUAUCGGCCGAUGAAUUGAAGGCAUCUUUGCUCGCCGGUAAAGUGGAAGUGCAGAGCGUGACCAGCGUCCCCGAUGAACCGCUCGCGUUUACUGGGACAGUUCGAGUGCUUAAUAUUUCGUUCAACAAGUCAGUGUACAUCCGUUCUACUAUGGACGGUUGGGGAUCAUACUUUGAUUAUAUGGCCGAUUAUGUGGAGGGGUCUAAUGAUGGUGACUCUGACCAAUUCUCUUUUAAGUUGUCCUUCGCUCCUCCUUACCUUUUUGAUGGCGCGCGAAUUGAUUUCGUGGUGCGCUACGAAACAUCCAAUGGAGACUUCUGGGCAAACAACUCAGGCAAAAAUUAUUCGGUCACACUGCACGUCACAUAUGAAGACAGUGCAGAGAAAGCCGCUGGGCAUGACGUGUCCAGCCUCAGAGGAAUACUGAGACCCGCUAGACCUGCACUGGACUACGACUGUGACGACCAUUAUGAUGACGAUGAUGAAGAGGGGGCGUCAAGGCCGGAAAGUGAGGUGAAGGAGCAUCCGGCCGUGCCCGUGAUACACCCUGUCAUCGUGCAGCCUGGGAUGGAUAUAGAUGUGAGGCGCCAGGAGAAGGAAUCUCUCUCUACAUCCAGCACAGACCUUUUGCAAACAACAGCAGCAGCAGCAACAACAGUAACAACAGCAACAGCAACCACAGUAGCAGCAGCACCUGAAGCCACACCCUGCUUUGUCACUCCAGAGCUAGCACCAAGCCUUCCAACUGCCGAGACGAGCACCAGUGAUCGGCAAGAGCAACCCAGCACAGCACUGCCACCGUCAGACACAACCACACUUGGAUCAGAGCCAAACUAUGCACUCCAGCAACUUAUGCCAGCAGCUCAAAUAGAGGUUGGGGAGGGGGAGGGGGAGGAGGUGGCGGCAGUCCCAGCAUGCUCUGCCAGUGUAAUGGCCCUGUCACCUGACAUCCACCCUGAAGACCACUCGGGAUCACUUGCAACUGGUGACACACAUGCUAUCCUGGCAGCAGGAGCUGACAUACCUCGCCAAUUAGGCCAUCCUCAGCUAGAGUUGACGGAGCAUGGGCCUAAUCCAACAGAGGUAGACCUUCAUGUAAGCGGGGAGCUUGACAUACUGGAUCGGGGACUUGAGGUGGUAGACCGGGGUAGUGAUAUCGUGCUAGAGGUAAUUGGACGCAUCGCAGAGGACCUCAGUGUCAUUGAGGCAAAGCUCGGUGAGAAUAAGGAGAAGACAGACACCGGCAAGGAGUUAGUGGGGUCUCAAGGCCUCAUACUGACAGCAAGCUCCGACAUCUUAGAGGACCGCUUGAAGAAAGAGAGUGCAGACAACAUAGAUGUUGAGAUGGCUGGGAUAGAAGAAGAUGAUGUCCCCAAGAAUCUACAGCAGCUUGUCCUAUGGACUGGGGUCUCACCAGGUCUGUCCACACACCGUCAAGUGGAGAUCGUUACCCACAACAAGCCCACUGAUCCAGAAACAGCAGAAGAAUAUCACAUGAUGACCCAUGGGCCACGCACUGUACCUUACAAGGUUCCUGACACUGUCAAGCCACCUGUACCAGUGCAACCCUCCAAAGCACCUGUGGUAUCUGUGUCAGAGCCAUCAUUGGCCAAACAUGAAGCCUUGCCAGUUUCAUCUCAUACUCGGCCUAUUGAGCUGAAAUGGAAAGAAACCUCAGCAGAAGAAAUCUCACAGUACUUCAGUGUCACUGCUCCAUCAACCAAAUGUCCAGUGGGCCCAGAGCUGGUACCAGAACCAGAACCAAAACCAGAACUGGUACCAGAACCAGAACCAAAACCAGAACUGGUACCAGAACCAGAACCGGUGUCCUCCACAGAAGGUCCCUGUCCAAUGUUGACCCCAGGCAUGCCUGAAGAUAAAUUGAAGCAUACCUCUGACAUCACGGAAAUCUCACAACAGUACUUCACUGUCACUACACCAUCAACCAAACAUCCAGUGAUACCAGAGGAAGAUGGGCUUGACAUUUCUGACAGCAAGGAAGAACUGGUGUCCUUCACAGAGGUUUCCUGUCCAGUAUCGAUUCCAGACGUCCCUGAAGAUAAAUUGGAGCAUCAUUCUGAUGGCACGGACAAACUAGUGUCCUUCCCAGAAGGUUCCAGUUCAAUGAUGACCCCAGGUGCCCCGCAAGAUAAAUUGGAGCAUCCGUCCGAGCCAGUAUCCUCCACAGAAGGUUCUUAUCCAAUGUCGACCCCAGAUGUCUGGGAAGACAAACUGGAGCAUCCUUCCCAGCCACAAUCCUCCACAGAAGUGUCCUGUCCAAUGUCGACCCCAGAAGUCCUUGAGGAGAUGUUGGUGCAUCCUCCCGACAAACUGGUGUCCUUCACAGAAAUUUCCGGUCCAAUGUUGAUCCAAGGUGUUCUGGGAGAUAGAUUAGAGCAUCCCCAGCUGAUACCCUCUACAGAAGGCUCCUGUCCACUGCUGACCCCAGACGUCCUUGAAUAUACACUGGAGCAUCCUUCUGACAGCAUGGACAAACUGGUGUCCUUAGCAGAAGGUCCCUGUCCAAUGUUGAUUCCAGACAUCUUAGAAGAUAAAUUGGAGCAUCCUUCUGACAACAUGGAAGACGAACUGGACGCCUUCACACAGGCUUCCUGUCCAGUUGCAACCCAAGAGGACCUUGAAGAUAGUUUGGAGUAUGUGGAGUCAAUCACCUUGCGGCCGGCCAUCUUUGGCCUGAGCUUGGCUGUUGGUCUCCUUGCGGCCGUGCAAGAGCCCAGUCUCCUCUACGCCUAUGGACUCUACCUAAUGAUGAAGUGCUUCUAGGUGCCAUCUUGGGUUAUUUUAUUUUCUUUAUCUGCCCCCCCCCUUUCUGCUCCUAAGAAAAGUGCCUUAUUAUUUUGAAUCACAAACAUGCAUUGGAAAGCUAAACUGUUGUGUUUGUUUUUGUUCAGUUUAGAGCAUGCAAACUUUAUAGGUUUCUUUCAGGUCAUCAUCAUGAAAUGAAAACAAGAUGCCAAGUUGAUAUUUCAAUUGUUCAUUGAUAUUUAAAUUUCAACAUUAAGAAUAUUGUAGCGACAACAUAUCUUACUCAUCUAAACCAUAUCUUUCGAACCGUACCUGAAACACUCCUUACUCUGCCAUUUAAUCUCAGAAAUGCAGUGUACUUGCAGUGGUUAGUGUAGUAGUGUGUAGCAGAUAAUGCAGUGGUUGUGUGUCAUCAAUGGCCUUACCUGGGGUGUGUGUGUGUUUUGGGAAGGUUCCAAGAAUGUGGUAGGAUGUGUCAGUAAGUGAGACUCCGAAGCUGCUUAAUGGUGGAGUAUGUACAUACUUUUUUAGUUGUUUAUUUCCAGAAUGUACCAUAUGCUGCUCAUUUACAAAUUGUGCCUUUUCCAUGUGUACUUACCAUCAAUUUCUAAGUAUUCAUUUUGAAGGAAGGUUACAUGUGAAUUCGUGGUCUGGAUCUUCUCCAUGUCUGCCAUUUUGGAUGACCAGUUUUUGACAUACAGUAUUUAGCUGCAAAACUUACUGUACUUUGGCCAGACCAGUAAGUAUUACUUUAUUGCUUAAAAUAUUCACGAAAAGGGGAUUUGUGAAUGGGCUGCAUACAUUUUUGGAAAUAAACAACUUAACCUUAAAUACUCUACCUUUAACGUUUGUUAGAUUGAAUGGUCUGUGACUGUUGAUGUUACAGGGGACAACAGCAAUGUGAAUUUUGAAGCGGUGGGUGGUGUGUGUGUGUGUGAGACAGGGAGAGAGAGAGAGAGAGAGGGGGCGGGUGCGGGAGGAGUUAUCUUGCAGAAUGAAGUCUAUUUUUGUGUGUAGCAGAGAGAAUUCUAAAUAAACAUCUACCAAAGGCCAGUGAUACAUUUCCUGUAGGAAAAGGUUGACAUAUGACAUGUGCCUUCAAGAGAUUUUGAUGAAUGGAUUGUGGAAAGUUGAGGAAAUGUUCUUUUGUGUGUGUGUGUGUGUGUGUGUGUGUGUGUGUGUGUGUGUGUGUGUGUGUGUGUGUGUGUGUGUGUGUGUGUGUGUGUGUGUGUGUGUGUGUGUGUUUGUGUGUUUGUGUUUGUGUUUGUGUGUGUGCGUGCGUGUUCAUGUGUGUGUGCGUGCGUGCAUGUGUGUGCGUGCGUGUGAUGCUGUAAUUUGAGUUUGCUGUGAAGAUGCAGUGCCGUUUCCACCUUGUUCUCCAUUCAGAUGCAUGCGGUCUUAGAAGUGUUGUCAGCUGUAGUAGUGUUUUAACCAUCAGUGAAACAUUGCUGUAACACUGUUUGAUUAAUCGGGUGACUUGUUAAAGUGUUAGUACCGUACAGUACAUGCAACAAACCUAACUCAAAUAUGUGCACAAUGUAUCUGCCACUGCAAAUGUCACAUCAUUAAACUGGUUGAACAGCA